AUGGCUGGAUGGAUGAUUAGCACGGUGUUCUUCGUGAAUUCGUGGGUGAUCCGGUCGUUGGUAGUGUUGAGCUUCACAGCGCAUGUCAUCGUCGUCUUCCUGGCCGGAUUCCGCCGUCGUAAUGCGAUUGGCGUGCAGAUAGCCAUCCUGUGGGCGGCGAGCCAACUCGGUCGUUGGGUCGCAACGUACGCGCUCGGCAAGCUGGCCCUCAGAAGCACGCCUCAGGAGCUGCAGCUGGUGACCUUCUGGGGGGCGUUCCUGCUGCUACAUGCCGGUGGUCCGGAUAACAUCACCGCCUACUCCCUGGAGGACAACGUUCUUUCCACUCGCCAGAUGUUGGAAAUGUUAUUUCAGGUGAUCGGAGUAGUAUAUGCCAUGUUCCAGAAUAUUGUCGCCAGAAGUGGCACUGGCACCAUGUUCAGCUGGGUCUCUGUAGCCAUGUUCAUCUUGGGCAUUGUCAAGUAUUGGGAGAGGGCAGAGGCAAUGAAGCUCGCCAACCUAGAAAACAUGCGAAGCUCAGUCAAGGCGGAGAAGAAUAAGAGGAAGGAGACAGGUAGACGAAGCUUGAGAAAUGUUAGGCGUCCGAGCAGUUGGGGCUGCUGGCAGGACAAUGAAGAAGAAGCCCUGCUUGUUGCUCAUGGCCUGCUCGACAUCACCAAAGGAGCCUUCGUCGAUUCUUCCAUCGACGAGCAUCUGCUCCCUGAAUAUGUUGCCAGGAGACAAGAAAUAUUCCCUAGUGGUGGCUGGGAGAUGAUGUACGAGGUGGUCAACAUGGAGCUCUCCCUCAUGUACGACAUCCUCUACACCAAGGCAGCCAUGGCGCACACAUGGCAUGGCUAUGCCAUUCGUUUCGUCUCGCCGGUCAUUACAACCGCUGCUUUCCUGCUGUUUUGGUUCGACAGCAAGGUAGGGCAGCGGAUGGCCGAUGUGCUGAUCACCUAUGUCUUGCUGGCCGGCACCGUUCUCCUGGAUAUCAGAUGGCUUCUCAGAGCAGUAGCGUCGACAUGGACCUACUAG